GGAGUCUCCAUGUUGCUUACAUGCCAUACCCUUAAGAGCAAACUGACUACGUGGAAACUGAGCAGUUGAAGCUUUCACAGGCAUGAUGAUAAAUGCUGGGGAAAGCUUGACCAGCUAGUUUUCUAUAUGUCAGUCUUCCAGCUCUGUACAAAAGCAGUCAGGGAAGAAAGUGUGGACAUCUCUGAAAGCAAACCUAACUCACAAUGAUUGAAUGUUAAAAAGGUCUCAAGUGACACAUUUUAGUAUGUCAUAAAGGCUCCUGGCAACCUUAUUUGAACUGAAUCAUCUUCUGCUGCUAGUGAGUGAUUUUAAAAAAAAUGCUUACAAGUCUCUUUGAUGGUACCCACUAUGCUACAGAACAUAAAAAAUAAGAGAGAAUUUGAGGAUUUUCUGAAGAAGGCAGGAGCAGACCUUGUUGUCGUCGACUUUUCAGCAAAAUGGUGUGGGCCUUGCAAAAUGAUUCGUCCUUUUGUUUAUGAAUUUGCUGCUCGGUAUGAAAAUGUACAGUUCUGUAUUGUUGAUGUGGAUGUGGCAGAGGAUGUGGCUAACUAUUGCAGUAUCAUCGCCAUGCCAACAUUUCAGCUGUACAAGAAAGGACAAAAGAUUUUUGAAAUAACUGGUGCGGAUGAAAAAAAGCUAGAGAGAAAAAUUAGAGAGCUGAUGUGAUCCUUGAAGAAAGCUGUCCCCUCCUCCUCUCAGUGUACACAAAUGUUGAUAAAAUAAAAUGUCUUUCAAUCUGUGA